UUGACAUUAAAGUUUAUUUUCCUUUAAUCCAUAUAGGUAACGCUGCAUUUUGCCCAUUGCUAAAAGCUGCAGCUGCCUGCCUUACAUGUGUGUAUGCCUCAGAAUAAUGCUGUGCCCCCCCAUGCAAAAUAACCCGAAUGUCACAUAAAGAAAAUGGAGUGAGACACCCCCCCCCUCACCCCACUCCCGCAUCCACAUAUUUGGAAACUCCAAAAGUCUGCCCUCCCUAAAGAGGAUCUCUCCCUCUGCCUAUCAUCAGAGUUAAAGGGUCUCAGACCACUGCAGCUUAUCAUGGUUCCUCAGAACACUAGAGCAGCAGAGUGGGCGCGUGCCUGGUCUCUAGACCACCAGUCAUGAUACACUUGCCACAGGGUGAUUCCCUAAAUGGCGACACUUCCUAGGAAAUUCACUCAAAAACAGAAAGAAGAAAGUGGGAGAGAAAAAGAAGGAAUAAGAGAAAGGGAAAGGAGCAACGAAAUAGAUUUCAUUAAGUACAUACGCCCACACACACACGCACACACAUACACACAGAGACACACUCCCCACUUUUGUCAGUGGUAGGAGGAAAUUUACCAGUCUGGGGUGGGGAGAAAAGUCACCGUGGAGAUGACCGGUUUGCAAGAGCAGUAGCAAGACUCAUUGUAGUGUGGUAUGGCUUGGCUUAAGGAGGACUGGCUGGUGUUUUGUGAUCAGCAGAUACUCCACUUUCAGCACUAGAAGCAGCAGCAGCGGCAGAGGCAAAGGGUAAGACUGUUCUUUCUGGAGUGCAGCGGUUGGCUCUUCCUCUCUUCCCUCCCUCUCUCAGUGUAUGUACUUCAGGAAGCUCUAUUGCUGCUGCUGCUGCUGCUGCUGCUGCCGCUGCCGCCGCCGCCGCUGCUGCGUCAGGGAAGAGCCUGUGAGAGCGAGGUUCCAGCAGCUCCCACCACUUCGGGCAAACUUGCUGGUUUACGGCUUAUUCUGAGCGGGAGCUUCUCAGUUGCCAUUCAACAUUCUAAAGCUACAAGCAGCUUUUCCGUGAGAGCUCCGGAACCAGACUUCGGAAAAACAGGAAAGGGGACGAUACAGUUGCAGAAAUCACCUACCAAAGCGGUGCAAUUCAUAGGAAACCACGGACCGACACUUUUUUUUCCCCCUCCUUGGUAAAUUGGUCUCUGUAUUUUUGUCUUGGCAGCUUACUCCCCCUCAUCGCCUUGCCUUUCUUCUCAAACACGGAUGCAAUUCUGAAUCUGUGUUAAUUCACGUGGGGGAUCCAGUUACAUAGCGUUGGAGUGCUGGCAUAUUAACAAGAGGCCAAUAAUCGUCUCUGGACACACAGCCUUGUUGCUCACCUUUGAACUGAAAGACUCAAGUUCAUAUCUAGUUACCUGCAUUGGGACAGGAAGGAAGGAGAGGGAGUGAAAGAGUGGGAGAAGGAAAGAAGAGGAGGAGGAGGAGCAAGAAAGAAAGGAGAGAGAGAGAGAGAGAGAGAGAGAGAGAGAGAGAGAGAGAGAGAGAGAGAGAGAGAGAGAGAGAGAGAGAGAGAGCGCAGAGAGAGAGCAGAGACUGCAAUCUCAUUUGUGAAUCGCUCACAGUGCUGCAGAUCCACAUUGCUAUAACACAUGCAGAGCAAAUGCAGGUAAGGCACAGAAACUGCGGAUGCAAAAACAAACUUGGGGACUGUGCUGUGUGCAUUUCUUCAGCCUUUGCAAAUCCAGGGCAAACGGCUUUCUGCAGUUUUGUAUGGUUGCUUUGUGACUAAUGACCUUGCGCAGAGUUGUUAAGGAAAAAAAAAUCAAACCUCCCCGGAGAAAGAAUUGAAUAUUUAGACGAUCUCUGAAGAUGGAUUUGGCUGCUUUUCUUCUAACCAGAGGGAAUUUUCUGUGGACUGUGCUGUAAUGCAAGGUGGUCUACUAUGAACUGUUCAGCCACGGAUACGAUUGGGGAUUUCUAAUUCUCCCUUUCCCCAUAAUGCCAAAAGGAUUUGGAGUUGAGACUUGCUUAUUGCAAGACACAGACCCUUCUGAAUGAAGCGAUUAACAUUUUCCUGUGUACAAGGAGAAAAAGCAAAUGCUUUUUGUAGUAAGCGGCUUCAGCGAGAGCGUGAAUUGUACUAAACUCGAGUAGCAGAGCAGCGAUCCGGGAGGGGGGUUGGGGGGGGACUGCAAAAUCGCACUGUAUGUGCUCUUCCUUUUAUUACGAGACUGCCAAAGUGAUUACAGUUAAAUCAGAAAGAAGACCAGAGGCAAGAAGAGGGAAAUUCAUCCCAAUCUAUCAAGGGUGAAUCUUUUUUUUGGGGGGGAAAGGCAGCAGCACAUUGUCCCGUGAACUGUAAGUAUUUCAACUGAAACGCGGGGAGGGGGAAUCUGCCAUCCCUCCCCGGGUGAUUAUCAUCCAUUGCAUGAAUUAUGAAACGAUAACUUUCGAAAGAAGAAGAAAAAAGGAUUUAUAAUUGAUCACCCACCAGACUCUACACGUUGCUCCUUUCCCCCCCUCCCCUCCCUCUCUCCUUUUCUUUCCCGGAGAGGAGAGAGAAUUAGGGGGAGGGUAGGCGGUGGGGACCAGGGGUGGGGGGAAGACGAAAGAGGGGUGUUUUGUUAUAAGGAGCAGUAGCAGCAGCAGCAGGAGAAGAUGCUGAAAAUGCGGACUAUGGGCUUGGUGCGCGGCUGGUGCUGUUGGUGCCUCUGCUGUUUCCUCCUGCCGGUCUCCGUCACCCUGGCCGCCGCCAAGCAGCUCCUGAGAUACCGGUUGGCGGAGGAAGGACCGGCGGAUGUCCGUAUCGGGAACGUGGCAUCAGACCUGGGCAUCGUGACGGGCUCCGGAGAGGUGACUUUCAGUCUGGAGUCCGGCUCCGAGUACCUGAAGAUCGACAACAUCACGGGGGAGCUGAGCACUAGCGAGCGCCGCAUCGACCGAGAGAAGCUGCCCCAGUGCCAGAUGAUCUUCGACGAGAACGAGUGCUUCCUGGACUUCGAGGUCUCGGUGAUCGGCCCCUCUCAGAGCUGGGUGGACCUCUUCGAAGGCCGGGUCAUAGUAUUGGACAUUAACGACAACACCCCUACCUUUCCAUCUCCGGUCCUCACUCUCACGGUGGAGGAGAACCGGCCGGUGGGAACUCUCUACCUUCUCCCUACUGCUACCGACCGAGACUUUGGCCGCAAUGGUAUCGAGCGUUACGAGCUGCUCCAGGAGCCCGGGGGCGGUGGGGGCGGCGGCGGCGGAGAAAGCCGUCGCGGAGGGGCGGUCGAGAGCGCCCCCUACCCCGGGGGUGGCGGUGGGGGCAGCAGCGGUCCCGGUAGCUCGAAGCGGCGGCUGGAGGUGUCCGAGGGCGGCGGGGGCAGCGCCUCUGGCAGCGGGGGCCGGAGUACUGUGUUCGAGUUGCAGGUGGCCGACACCCCGGACGGUGAGAAACAGCCGCAGCUGAUCGUCAAGGGGGCGCUGGACCGGGAACAGAGGGACUCCUACGAACUGACCCUGAGGGUGAGGGACGGUGGCGACCCGCCGCGCUCCUCUCAAGCCAUCCUAAGGGUGCUGAUCACCGACGUGAAUGACAACAGCCCGCGCUUCGAGAAGAGUGUGUAUGAGGCUGAUCUGGCAGAGAAUAGCACUCCGGGCACCCCAAUACUCCAGCUCCGUGCUGCUGAUCUGGACGUGGGGGUGAAUGGUCAGAUCGAGUAUGUUUUUGGGGCCGCCACUGAGAACGUGAGGCGGCUGCUCAGGCUGGACGAAACUACGGGCUGGCUCAGUGUCCUGCACCGCAUUGACCGCGAGGAGGUGAACCAGCUACGCUUCACAGUUAUGGCCCGAGAUCGGGGGCAACCCCCGAAGACAGACAAGGCUACUGUGGUGCUCAAUAUCAAAGACGAGAACGACAACGUGCCGUCCAUUGAGAUACGAAAAAUCGGACGCAUCCCGCUUAAGGAUGGGGUGGCCAAUGUAGCGGAGGAUGUUUUGGUAGACACCCCCAUAGCCCUGGUGCAGGUCUCAGAUCGAGACCAAGGGGAGAACGGAGUGGUCACUUGCACCGUGGUGGGGGAUGUGCCCUUCCAGCUUAAGCCGGCCAGCGACACAGAGGGUGACCAAAACAAGAAAAAGUACUUCCUACACACUUCAGCCCCCCUGGACUACGAGAGCACCCGGGAAUAUAACGUUGUUAUAGUGGCGGUGGACUCAGGGAGUCCGAGUCUUUCCAGUAACAAUUCCUUAGUGGUGAAGGUCGGAGAUACCAAUGACAACCCCCCAGUUUUUGACCAGUCAGUGGUGGAGGUCUAUUUCCCGGAGAACAACAUUCCUGGGGAGAGGGUAGCCACAGUGGUGGCCACAGAUGCAGACAGUGGGAAGAAUGCAGAGAUCGCAUACUCCCUGGACUCGGCGGUGGUGGGGAUCUUUGCCAUUGAUCCGGACUCUGGGGAUAUCCUAGUCAAUACUGUGCUGGACCGGGAGCAGAAUGAUAGAUACGAGUUUAAAGUAACUGCCAAAGACAAAGGCAUUCCAAUCCUCCAAGGCAGCACCACGGUGAUAGUGCAGGUAGCUGACAAGAAUGACAAUGACCCCAAGUUUAUGCAGGAUGUUUUUACCUUUUACGUGAAAGAAAAUUUGCAGCCCAAUAGCCCAGUAGGGAUGGUCACUGUAAUGGAUGCAGACAAAGGGCGAAAUGCAGAAAUGAGCUUGUACAUAGAAGAGGACAGUAGCAUUUUUUCCAUUGAAAAUGACACAGGAACAAUUUACUCUACUACUGCUUUUGAUCGGGAACUUCAGACUUCUUACACUUUCAAAGUAAAGGCAGUAGAUGGAGGAGAUCCCCCAAGGUCGGCCACAGCUACCGUAUCUCUUUUUGUGAUGGAUGAAAAUGACAAUGCUCCCACAGUUACCUAUCCCAGCAACAUCUCCUACACUUUAUUGCCACCUUCGAGUAAUGUAAGAACAGUGGUGGCCACUGUACUGGCAACUGACAGUGACACUGGUGUAAAUGCCGACCUUAACUAUAGUAUUGUGGGAGGAAAUCCCUUUAAGUUGUUUGAAAUUGAUGCCACUAGUGGGGUUGUGUCCUUGGUGGGGAAGCUGGCCCAGAAACAUUAUGGCUUACACCGGUUAGUGGUCCAAGUCAAUGACAGUGGGCAGCCUUCACAAUCCACCACCACUUUGGUGCAUGUCUUUGUCAAUGAAAGUGUUUCAAAUGCUACAGUGAUUGACUCCCAAAUAACCCGAAGUUUGCACACUCCAUUAACUCAAGAUAUUGCUGGUGACCCUAGCUAUGAAAUUAGCAAACAGAGACUGAGUAUUGUAAUAGGGGUUGUUGCUGGGAUCAUGACUGUCAUCCUGAUCAUCUUGAUCGUAGUAAUGGCAAGGUACUGCAGGUCCAAAAAUAAAAAUGGAUAUGAGGCAGGUAAAAAGGAUCAUGAGGACUUUUUUACACCCCAGCAGCAUGACAAGUCUAAAAAGCCUAAAAAGGACAAGAAAAAUAAAAAAUCAAAGCAACCUCUCUACAGCAGCAUUGUAACAGUAGAGGCUUCUAAACCAAAUGGACAGAGGUAUGACAGUGUCAAUGAAAAGCUCUCAGAUAGCCCCAGCAUGGGACGUUACAGGUCAGUCAAUGGAGGUCCAGGCAGUCCUGACCUUGCAAGGCAUUACAAAUCCAGUUCUCCACUGCCUACUGUCCAACUUCAUCCCCAGUCACCAACUGCUGGAAAAAAACACCAGGCCGUACAAGAUCUACCACCAGCUAACACUUUUGUGGGAGCAGGAGACAACAUUUCAAUCGGAUCAGAUCAUUGUUCUGAGUAUAGCUGUCAAACCAAUAACAAGUACAGCAAACAGCCAUUUCGUAGAGUGACGUUUUCUGUUGUGAGUCAGCCUCAGGACCCACAUCAGGGGUCAUUGCAGAGUUGCUAUGACAGCGGGCUGGAGGAGUCAGAAACACCAAGCAGUAAGAGUUCAUCAGGGCCAAGACUGGGUGCCCUUCCACUCCCAGAGGACAACUAUGAGAGGACUACGCCGGAUGGCAGUGUUGGUGAGGCAGAGCAUAUGGAAAAUGAUUCAAGGCCUCUGCCAGAUGUAGCCCUGACAGGGAAGUGCACCCGAGAGUGUGAUGAAUAUGGUCACUCAGACUCCUGCUGGAUGCCAGUCCGCACUUCACCUGAAAGGAAGCAGAAAAGCCAGCCAAAACUCUCCACAUUCAUGCCCGUUGAUGAACGAGGCAGCCAAGAAAAGCUGGCCAAUGGAGAAGCCUCUCUCAUGGGUGACCGCAACAGAAACCUCCUUAACAAAAAGUUGACCUCAUCCUAUGAGACCUUCAGUGCAGCUAGUUUCAGCAAAAACGAGGAAGCCAACCCAGAGGAUAUUCCCCUGACGAAGACGGGGGAAUACAAGCCAUCUCCUGUCAAUACUCUAACUAGAAGAGAAGUUUACCUGUAGGCUAUCAGAAGCAACAAUAAUGUUCUUUCCUGAAAGAGAAAGAAAAAAGGGGCAAACAUUUACAAAAAAUCAAAACAAUUUAACUCAAAAAAGAGGGGGCUACCAAAGAGACAAAGCUGGGCCUGCCACUUCUGCCUCCAAAUCAGGCACUUAAUUACACGGUCUGCCUGAUGAUGAUGUACAAUGUAGAAACCAUUAUUGUUACUUGCAUGUCUAAUCCCCUCACUGAUUUUCCCCCCCUAAAUUGAUGGUUGCAAGUUUCUUUCAUGGUAAGAAGCCUGAUUAGCAGAACACAGAACACUGUUGUUAUCCCAAAUGCUAAAGCAUGACUUUAACGGUUUGAUUUGGGUUGAUUGUCAUCUGACUUGUUGAGAAUAACAGGUCAAGAAAAAAACAAGUAUAUUCCAAACAACACCAUCAGAACAUGGCUGAUCCCUAUUAGAACAAUCUGCCGAAUAACUCCCAAAUUCUAGACACAGUUACUAGAAAGGCAUAACCAUUAAUAAGCACUUUCUGAAGACCACAGCUUUAAUAUUCUCACCCAAGGCUGGUAACAGAAAAAUUACUUUCAGCCUGAGACUGUAGUCCAAAACAUGGCAUAUUUCCCUAUCAAAUAAUUAACUCAGAGGUCAAUUCCAUUCAUAGGCAGGAUGUUCUCUCUAUAUGCAUAAUUAAUUGCAGUUUGCAUAAACAGAUUAGCAUCACAUAUAUCAUACUAAUGAUCGCCUGUUAAACUUACAUUUUCUUUGGACAAGACCAACAUUAGCACCUAUCUGGGACAUUUUUAGCCAUGAAAAGGCCAAAGAUCACACCUUGGAUCAGGGGAAUCUUAAAAUAUUUUUGGUCUUGACUUAGAAACCCAUCACACCCACAAAAAGCUAUAUGCAUACAUUCGACAUAUCUUAUUUUGCAUAACAGCCAAAUCUUGUAGUUCAGGAAAAAAAAAAAAGACUUUCAAAAUGAAUUUCAGUUGAAAAUCUCAAAAGAAAGUUGUCAGUGUAUUUGCUGGUAGCAUGUUAAGAGGCAAUGUAGGUCCCGUGCCAGUUCUGGGUAAUAUUUUCAGGGAAGAUUACAUUUUUCAAAGUCAUAAAAAAUUAUGAGUAAUGAGGUAAGGGAGGAGAGAAGAAAAAAAUAAAAGAUGAUGUGUUGGCAAAAGUAUCUUGCAAGUGAAGUCCAAUGUCAUCCCCCUCUCCCCACCCCAGAAUCCAGGGUAUGCUUCCUGUACCUAAUAUCUACAUAUUGAUUCCCAGUUGCUUUGGUCAAUGGUCCAAUGUCGAUAUUCUUGAAACAAAAGUGCAUUAAACCUGAGUCCUGUGCAAUAUAGAAUAAUGUCAAAACUCAUAGCAUUUGAAGAAGGUGACAAACAGUCUAAUUGACUUUAGCACUGAUACGAUACUUACAUAGCAACUCAAGAAAAGUCACAAAGCUAUCCAAAUCGAACAUGAAAGCAAAGAGCUCUGGGCUGUGACAUUUCUCACAGGAUGCACAUCUUAAAGAAAGUCAGAACAGAUACAGGUUUUUGUGUGCAAUAACAAGUCACAGAGUGCAGAAUUUAAGCCAGCUGCUCUGUAGAUAAUGAGUUAGAACAACUUAAAAUGGAGCUGGGACAUUCAAAUGAAAUUGACAAUCAGUCAGCAAAAUGGGGAAUAACAUGAGAAGAGCGCAAACAUUCAAAUCUCGGAACAGUUACAGCCUGGCUUCAAGGGGGGUAGAGGCUCCUUGGCUUUCUAGUAAAUUAUAGUCACAAGGUAGUUUUGGCUAGUUUCCUGCUUUGUGGAAUUACUUAGACUAUACAGUUCAGCAGCCUGGAAUAACAAGUGAUUGUCAGUACAAGUCAUCACAAUGUUUAUCUCUAAAAACUACUCUCCUCUUUUGGGUCAUGGGGAAGGGAAAGCGAUGAGGGUGGGAGGGGAAUGAGGGCCAUUCCAUUUUGCUCUUUCCAGCAUUAAGAUUUUUGUUUCAGUGUUAGUUUGUGUAUAGUAGUUAUGAUGAAUGGGGACAUGGACUUGAGGGAAAAAUAAGACUAAAAUAUUAAUAAUUGAACAUUUUUAUGUUUGAUUAUUAUUUACAUUAUGGAAGGAUGAAGUUCUAGUACUUUGAUAGGAAACUGCAUUAAAGCAGUACUGCCUUGUAUAAUCUGUAAGUACCUAUUAAGAAAAAUGCUUCUAAAGAUACUUAUGUAAUAAUGUAUACAUAUUUUUUCUUGCACGUUUCAACAAAAUAUUCAAUUGCAUAACACAGAUGUUCAAAAAUCUUUUUUUUUUUUGCUUCAAUAGGAUUUUUCUUUCUUUGAAGAGACACUUGAAAUCCACUAGGUAGCUUGUUUCAAUAUAUCUUUAAACCCUUUUGUCUACAAAGCUAAUACGGGUCACACUGGACCUUCAGAUUAAUUGGGUCAGCAGUCACUCACUGAUGUUUGCACCAUAUCAAAAAUGGUCAUGUCAUUAAGUCAUCUAACUUGUGAGAAUCUCCUUAGAACUAAAAUGGGUGUGAAAGAUUAAAAUUAAGUGUACUGUAAGUAUUCACAGCAAUUCAAGUAGAACUAGCCAUCAUAACAUGUUUAUUACUAUUAUGAGCUGGCAUGACACAGAAAUAUAUUUUGUGUUUGUAUUUUUUUUUAUUUGAAAUAGGCUAAAUCUGGUGCCACUCCAUAUAUAGAGUGCUUUUUAAAAAAAAACGUAAAAAACAAAAAACAAAAAAAUAAAUUAAAGAGUGAAUGCAAAAUAUGCAAUUGUGCCUUUUCUACCUGUCGUUACGGUUAACGUGGUGGUUGGGUUUGGACACUGAGGGGUAAUGGGCUAUUCCCAACUUUUUUGAACCUGUAUAUUUAUCCAUGUUUAUUUUCUGAGAAAUGACAAAUAAUAUAUUAAAAAGAAUUUGCCUUCUGCCAAACUCAGAUAAUGGCCCAGUCUUAAAUAUCCUUCAUUAUUAAAACAAGCUUAUUGCAUACAUAUGGGCUGCCCAAGAGAUAGAUGCCUACAAGGGGGAGACCGCAUAUAUUGCAAUAGUAACCCAAGUUGGCAUUUGCCAUGUGUGUUCAGUCCAUUUUACAAAGUAAAUGAAUGAUUUCAGAUUUUUUUUGGUUGUUUUUAGCUCUCAUUUCAUUUUGGUUGUACCAUAUAUAAAUCAAUUUUUUUCUGUACACAGAAAACCCAAAUGAACUUUGCAUGCAUUUUACAUUAGGACACGUUUAUAGAUUGAUGCAUAAUUAUAUAACUUUAUAUAUGUAUUAACGUCUGUAACUUCAAUCAAAAAUCUAAUGCUCAUUCUAGAUCUCCAGUAAUAAUGUAUUUAUUCAAUAUAGUUUCUGACUGGCCUGCUGCCUGAGUUUCAAAAACAGGGGAGGCAUUAUUUUUAUGUGGGGAUGAACUAAAAUGGGACUGAAGAUGUCUGGCUGAAAGAUUACCCUAGGAAGAUGUUCUGUAGGAAAACAGGCAUAUGUGCACACACACGCACACACAUAUGCACAGACACCCCAAGAAACUGCCUUAAAAUGGGCAGCUAUCUUAAAACAAUCAAGGGAAAUCUGAACAAAAUAGUCUUAACUUACAUAAUAUCAGUGAUAAAUAUACAGUAUGUUCUUAAGAAAAGGAAACAAGAAAAUGGACUUGAGAGUAGUGAAACAUUUCAUUUGUGGCCCUGGUAGUGGUAUAAAACAUCUGAAAGAAGGCAUCAUUUUCCACCUACCUGGGGUACACUUUCAGACAACUUUUCCUAAAUUUUAAAGCACUUGCAUUCAGUGUGGUACGAUCUGUUUGUAAUAUUAAUCAUUGACUAUUGUUCUGCAACUUGGAUGUUGAUAGUGAAGCAGAGAACAAUUUAUCAUCGUUUAUUAUGAGUCACUAUGCACGCAACUAUGCUAAACAUGCAAAAUGUAUUAAACGCUAGUCCAACUCUAUUUAUGAAAUAUUUUACAUAAUUUAAUUUGCUUUUGUACAGUUUUAUGUAAAUAAAUUGCUUGUCAUUUUUGUCUCUGCAAAUUAAAAUAUAACAUGUUCAAAUGGU